GGUGAACCAGGUAAUCCAGGGUUCCCAGGUCAGAAGGGACAGAAAGGUGAUGUGGGUACUCCUGGUGAACCUGGUCUGAGAGGACCAGCUGGGGAAGCUGGACAGAAGGGUGAUGAAGGAGAAGAAGGAAGACAGGGACCACCAGGCCCUCCUGGUCCACCUGGUAUUCCUGGUUCUGGGGGACCAGACAUAUUCCCUGAACCUAUCAAAGGAGAGAAGGGACCAACCGGUCCACGGGGUCCAAUUGGUCCACCAGGUCCUCCUGGCCCUCCAGGAGGAGAACAGGGUCUACCAGGUCCUGAAGGUCCUCCUGGUCCUAUAGGCCCUAUUGGUCCUAUGGGUCCUAAGGGAGAAAUUGGUCCUCAGGGUCCAAUAGGUCCUGAAGGUCCUCAAGGAAUUCCUGGUAGAGAUGGUGUAGAUGGAGCUAGAGGUGAAAGAGGUUUACCUGGACCAGUUGGUCCUAUUGGUCCACAUGGUGAAACAGGGUUACCUGGUACUCCAGGUUCACAAGGUCCUGAGGGAGAACCUGGAUUAACAGGCCCUAGAGGAGGUUUGAAGGGAGACAAAGGAGAUGUUGGUUCAGUUGGACCUAUUGGUCCUCCAGGACCCCCUGCUGGUAUUGGUUAUAAUGGACAGAAAGGAGAUAAGGGUGAUCGUGGACCCCCUGGUAUUGGGCUCCCUCAGGGAAGUGGAGUUUUUAUACCUGGACCCAAAGGAGAUUCUGUAAGUACCUUUUAG